GAUGGUGCCCGGCCCCGGCCCCGGCCCAGCCGCCGGCCCCCCCCCGCCCGCCCCCCACACACACCCCGCGGGCGGGGGCGGCGCCCGCUCCCUCACAGCGGGGCGGCCCGCGGCGUUGCGGCCCCCGCCCCGCCCCGGCCGGCACUCGGCGCCCGCCAUGGCGGGGCUGGGGCAGGGGUGUGCGGGGAAGGCGCCGCUGCUGGUGAAAAUCGUGAUGGCCGGGGAGUCCUGCGUGGGGAAGACCUCCAUCGUGCGGAGGUACACGGAGCCCGGCUCGCCGCCCGCCGGGGCUCCCACCUCCUCCUACUUGGCCACGAUCGGCAUUGAUUUUAAAGUAAAGCCAGUAACAUUUAAUGGUACAAGAGUGAAACUUCAGAUAUGGGAUACUGCUGGCCAGGAACGAUUCCACACACUCAGUACCAGCUAUUUUCGUGGUGCACAAGGCUUUGUUCUUGUAUAUGACAUCACAAAUCUGGACAGUUUUCGAAGUAUAACGAGCUGGAUGAAAGACAUACAUGAGAUCAACAGGAUGGCUGAUUCAGUGGGCUACAAUGCACAACCACAAAUGCAAAGAAAGUAUCAGGACCAUGUGGCUGGAGUGGAGGGAAGGAUGGGACUAACUCUUCUAGCCACCAUGCAGGGUUACGGCUGCUGAAGUCAAUGAGGAAAUCACACCUGCACAAGCUUACUUUCUGUUUGUGACACUUAAAAGCUUUCAUGUAAACAUACUCAAGUUAUUAAUAUUUAGAUUGUUUAAUCUUAACCCUGAAGGUACUUUGUUAGUUUAAAAUUUUUUAAAUGGAAAAAACCUCAAUUUAAAACAAUUUCUGGGAAUGUAAAUUGCAUGAUUGAUUGUACCAAUCUCAAAACUAGCAAUUAGUGAGUGUUGUAGUAGAGCUAGAUAAUAAUAAAAAAUUUAAUUUAGUCCUAGUGGGAUAUCAAUUUCUGAAGUGUCUUGGUGAAAAUAUAUGGGGCCAUUCAUUGCAAAAGAAGUGUUUUUAAGCAAUAACUGUUAAAACACAGGGCAUUUCAUGAAAAUUAAUUACUCACUGGAGGUUGGUGACAUUCCCUGCAUUUACUUUGCUCUGUGAAUGCAAACCAGUAUUUAAUUCCCCACAAAUGCCCAGUAUCAAAGUGGCUGUUGCUACAGCACCCCUAAAAAUGUGCAAAUGUAGACAUUUAAAAAAAAAAUUAAAAAGAGAAACAGAUACAGGUUUCAUUACACAUCAGACUAAUAGGUAAUGUAAAGCCUGCAUCUGAACAAAUCAAACACGAUUUUUUGAGACAAUUCAGUUAUUACAUUAUGCUCUCAUUUUUGAAUUCUAUGUACAUAGAGAUUUUAAACAAAGUUUUUUAAAAAUCUGUUCAGUGUGCUAAGCCGUUCUUACAACAGUUGAAAAUAACAAUCUAAGCAAUUUAGCAUUCCUAAAAACUCCAUUGAUUUUAUAAAAACUAGCCAGUCAGUGCUAUUACAAUCAGAUUACCAGUAAUGUUCUCAUUGUAUUUCAAUUAUUUUAAGUGUGGAAUACAGCAGCUUUCCUAUUAAAAAUGAAUUAUUGUUCAAGGAAGUUCAAGACUUAAAUAUGCUACCAUAUCUGUAUUGUUGUAAUAUUUGUAUUCAGAACUAGAGGAAACUAAGUAACAUGACUGUACUUAAAAAAGCUUACUUGCAGAUUAAUAUCUUAGGACAUUAUUGGCAAAAAAUUGGAUUUGUAAUGCACUCAUAAGGAGCAUGAUAAUUGCAGGAAAACUACUUUAGAACCUGAAACCAUUCUUUAUUUGUAGGAUUGUGGGUGAUGUCCAAUUUGUUAACGUGUUCCUCUUGUCUGCUGACAUGGCUUUUAGCUAUUGUAUGCAGCUGUUCUCAAAAGCUGAUUCUGUUUGGCCUUUAAAAAUCAGAUACAAGUAACUGUGUACCAAAUCCAUUUGCAGCGAACAGUUCUUUCCAGGCUGUUUUGAACAAACUUCCAACUAACACGUGAGCAAAAAGUUCCUCAAAAUAGGUCAAAUGCUCAAACAGGUGCCCAGAGAGGAUCUGGAGAUGCUUAAAACUCGAUUUAACAGGGUGUUGAGCAACCUGACCUGACUUUGAAGUUGGCCCUUCUUAGAACAGGGGAUUAGACCAGAUUUCUUCCAGAAGUCCUUGCCAACUUAAAUCACUCUGUAAUUCAUGCAUGGCAUCUGGGUCUGCAAAAACUUUUGACAUAGAUGGUAGGGCCUAGUUUUGUUUUAAAUACAUUGCACUGAUUUUUGUUGUGCUAGUCUGCUGGUGUGGCAUGAAGAUGGCAUUACCAGUUCCUAAUGAUUAUCUGCUGGAAAUUCUCUGCUAGCACAGAAUUUUCUGCAUGGGGAGGACAGAUUCAUUUUCUCAUGAAGUAGCAAGCCUUGGUGACAUAAUUUAGUGUUCUUGGAAUAUAUUAGCUUUCUAUUUAUGCUCUCUGAAAGAAGUGACUCCUCAACCAGGAUGUGACAUGUAUGGCUGUGUUGGGUUACGGCCAUUUUUUCAUAGUGCCCUCUUCUGGUUCGGUGCAUUAGAUGCAUCUGAGAGUUGGGAACCUGGACUGUCGUUCAGUGUUUCUGCAUCAUACUUAAAUAAAUGCACCACAGCAAAAUGCUUGACAAAUGUAAAUUAGCUUGACUUCAAACUCUUCUGAGUUUUUCAUCUUUAGAUGCGAAAGCUUGGUGCCAAAAGGAUCGAAUUGUUCCAGUUCAUAGGUGGGUUUGUUGUUACAACUCUGAUUAGAACUGAAAAUUCUUGUUCGUGUCACUCUGCUAAAUUGGUUUAUCUCUAAUCGUAGACUAGUUUGAGGAUAAAUUGGUUUCUAUCUAAUCAAGUCUAAGUUUGCUAACAGACAAAUUCUGUCAUUUGUACAAUUCCACUGCAGUCCUGGAAACUAUGCAUUUGUAACUGAGGUCAUCAUGUGGCACUUACUUAGAAAAGUAUAUGGAAAGAGUCAUAUGUAUAGGAAUCAUAAUAUGAACACUGCCUGUGUGAUGCUGUCAAAGAGAUUGUGGGGACAGUGUAUUUCUAACAAAUUAUUCUUCAUUAAUACAAAGGAUCGGUUUCUAGUGUCAUUGUCUGGUGAGUAGGAGGAGGAAACUUCCCAGGUUUACGGCCUUCCCCAGCUCGGCCUUCAUCUUGCAGCAUAAGCAUGCAUAUUUCUGUCUCCUCUUCAAAUCUGAAAAAUUAUAUUAAUGCUACAUUUCUUCCUCAAAUACAAACUAAUUAAGCAUUA